AUGGGGAAGAAAUCUCGAAAGAUCAAGGGUACAGGAGGGGGGAGUAAUGCCAAGGAGGCCAAGAAAGCACACAAGGAGAAGAUCCAGCAGCGAAGGGCACAACUGGACCACCAGCAGGAGCAAGAUGAGCACGAUGCGAGAUUCAGUGGUUGCGGCAAAUUCCUGGCAGCCCUCGACCGAGUUUGGUACAUGCCGGAAGGUUUCUCUCGAUUCAUCCGCGGAACAAUCAUGCACAUUGCGCUGGCGAGUGUCCAUGACGACGAGUUUGGCACUUAUUACGUGCUUCCCAUCGAUGUGAAAGCAAAACAGGGACCCGCCGUUCUGGAACAAUGCCAUGUGAUGAAGUAUAGUACCAGGAAGAAGCCAUUCAUGCUACAUAAAGAUCGACACGAUUGGGACCUCCGUUUUGAUGUCGGUGAUCAAGUGAUGAUCUACCACUAUCGUGACGAAAAAUUUCGGCCUGCUACCAUCAAAUCCGUUUGGGACACCGCUGACGACUUCGCCGCUGAUGAGAUCAACCAUGACGGGUUAGUCUUCCCCUACGUUUGUGAAUUGGGGAAUUUCGAAACCUAUCCAAUUAAAGCUGACGAGGAUCGCUUGAUCGUCCUUAAGAAGCCCCUUCGAUUCAACAUUGGGGACAGGGUGCUCUUUGCUGCUACUGGGAAGGGUUGGAAGGAGGGCAAUGUGUGUCUUGUGCACGAAACGGACAACGGUUUUUAUUUGCCUUAUGUCGUGAAGUCAACUGGAAAGGGAAAACCAGGGGUCGAAACUUACCGGUAUUCCAUAUACAAGGACAAUGAUGAAUGCAUAGCACCCAUCGAUGCCCAACCCCGAGAGAGAUUGACCAAUGCAAUUCAAAACAACUGCAACUAUGAGCACAUUGACUACCUUGUCAAUGCAUUCAAUCUGGAUUGCUCACUCAUUCUGGAUUUGUUGGUCGAUUUGGCCAUUGAGCACGGGAGCUACAAUGCCAUAGUUUGGCUACAACAGAACCACUCAGUUCCUUUCUCUGCAAAACUAAAACCCGAACACAAUUUCAAUUUCCUGCAUCGGGUUGUGCAGGGAAAACACGCAGUCCGCUUCUUCAAAAGCCACGCAGACGCCUACAUUGAGAAGAGAGCAGAAGAGGAAGAUGAUCCGUAUGGGGAGAGUCCAAGAGAAUCUCGAUGUCUGGAAAUUCCACGGUACGAUCCAGAAGUGGGGCUUGAUUCUCGCAAUUCGCAAAAUGUUUCGGUCUUCCAUGAGAUUGUUGCCAUGGAAGACACCAGGCUUCUUAGUUCCAUUCUCAGCCCGAGAAUCCUUGACGCUCUGGGUCUGCAAUUCUUGAAAUUCCAGAGUGAUGAGUAUUGUAGCCUCCCUACGAAUUUGAAUGUCAAAAAGACGAAAAUGAUGUUAGAGUUGACAGAAAACAUGAGGCUGGAGAAGCUGCACGGUAUCCUGCUUCAUAGUGUCGGCGAUGACUUUCCACCGCAUGCUCAGAUCGAAUCCAUCGUCGCGAUUCAGCCCGUGAAGGAAGAAAGAAGCGUUUGGCGUAAGCUGAUGCGCUUUGAGAUUUGGAACGACCGGACACAAUAUCUCGAUUCGAUAGUAGGGAAGUUGCUCAAAUUUGGACAUACCAGUAUCAUCCGUCAUCUGGUUCAUGCCGAUACUGCAAAGAAAGCUUUGCUGGCACUGAAAUCAGAUGUCGUGAGCAAUCAGGAUUGUUACGAAUACGCCCAGCAUGAGUUGGUAGAACAAGAAGGAGUCCAAGAGGCGCUGAAAGCCGUCGACGUCGUGGCCCACGGACCAGAAUGCAUAUACAGAAACUCAGACGACAGUGGGCGACAAAACUACGUCACAAGGCUUCGCACUAUGCUGAAAGACCCGGCCAAUUCAAUCAACCUCGUGGAAAGGCUCAUCUCCAUCCAAGAAGAUGACGCCAAGGUUCAUUCGCGAGCCGUUUCUAAGUUUGUUGGAUUCAAGAUUCAGAUCUUGGAAGACGAUGAACACUUACCAAAUCGCCUCAAUCUACUGGACUUUCUUGUGUUAGAGAUUGGCCUACCUCCACCAAACCCUCUUGAUUGCAUUCGGUGGCGUCAGUGCGGUGUCUUGCGUUGGAUGGAAGAAAAAGGCAUCACUGAUUUGAAAUCGAAAUCCCUGGCAUGUAAAGAACCCUUUGUCACUGGUCGAAAGAAAGUCGAUAGUUUUCUUGGAAACCAGGCAAUUCCUAAGCAGCUGACAUCCAGCGUGUACCUGGCUUUUGCAGCGGUGGAAUACGACGAUUUUCAAACGUUGCAGUGGCUUAUCUCUUCUGAGUGGAUCACUCCAAAAACUGCCAUUUGCAAUGGGUGGAAUUUGAUUCAUGCUUGUGCUGCUUUUGGAAGAGCAGAAAUUGCUGCUUGGCUGGUGUCUGUCGGAAAUCUCCAACCUCUGUUGAAGGUCGCAUCGAAAAGAGAACCAGGGAGACAGCUUGCUGUCCAUAUUGCUUUGGAUCGGGGCUUCACGGCUCUUGCAGACUUGAUGCUAUCCUGGGGUAGCCCCGUAUUCAAUAUAAAGUGGGGGGCUCUAGUUGAAAGGACGAAGCGGUCUCCUCUUCAGCACGUCGUCGAGUGGGGUACCGACAAGGAGUUGCUCGUACUCCUCGAACAAGAUCUGCAGAAGUUGGAAGAUAUGCUUGUUCAGAAACCCUUGCGGGUGGAGGCUAUCAAAUCAUUCAUUUUGGAAACAAAAUGCUUGCAGGGUAGGAGAUGGCAUGAGCUUUUCUUCGACGACUGGGAAGAGGCAAUGUUACCAUCAGGAUUUUACCUUUCAGAUGCCUUGGAGAGGUUUUGCUUGAUGGCUAACGGUCCACUUAUAAUAUGGCUGUUCUUGAUGUUGCUUUCUGAUCUUGACCGUCAGGAGAAAGUGUUUUGGUACACGUUCAUGAUCGAAGGUAACCGUGGUGUCAGUUGGAAAAUGCACUAUGCUGCCUACUCACCUGAAGAGAAGAGAACAUUGCACGAACUCCAAGAGCAGGCACCUUGGGUUGGAGAUAUCACUGUGGCAGACCCAUUCCAAACGCAUCGCAUUCUACAGAAGCUCAGCAAACGAUUUGUAGAUGACGCGGACACUCUUGAGGCCUUGAAGGUCGUCCGAGCGCGGCUUGUCCUGAGCUCUGUUUUGCAGUCCAUUGCUCAGAAAGGGGAGCGUAGGCUUCGAAAACAAAUUGCACAAGGUGAAUUGGUCAAGUCAAUCCAGAUUUUGAUAGAUGUCAUCCUCGAGGCGGCAUGCCAGCAUCGCAAGAGCUUCCACGGUCACGAGCUGCAACACCUCGUUGUUUCAGAAGAUAGGUUGCUUCCAGUCGAUUUGUACGUGCAUGUUGGCAGUCAAGAUGUGCGCUCCCAGCUUAUGUGGUAUCUCGUUAAGACUCCUAGGGAGACCGACUUGUUCUACAUUAUUGCCGCUUAUGAGGGGUAUGACGAUUUGCUGGAGUGGAGUCUUUCAGGCGGUGGAAAAGGAUGGGAUGCAGAAAAAGAAGUGCAAACAACAAGAAUCUUAGCCACACGUGGCCACACGAAUCUAACAAGGAUCUUUCUUGGUCUGGAGAAUUCCAUCACAUUUCAGUCAUCACAGCAGGAUAGGUUACAAGCUGCAAUUCAUGGUGCUGCACAGUCAGGGCGGCUUGAUGAUCUGGAGGUAUUCACUGACGAAAUUCAGAAGUAUGGUGGCAUGCUGCCUGACCCAGUUCUGUCGCCCGUCCAUUCACCGCAGAGUCAUGCAUACGGAGACAGACAGGAUGGUAUGAAGUCUUCAUUGCUUUGUGCUGUUCUGCACAGUUGCUUGACUCAUUCGCAGGACCUGCGGUUUCCACAGAGCUUCAGCUUAGGCGGAACAGCUGGGCCUGCACUCUUAUCCUUCGUCGCUAAGAAAGGGGACUACCAACCCCAACUUCUCCUGAUGGUAUUUGCUAUAAUGUUUGAGGAACUUUACAGGUUCGAAGAUGUUGUACAGGAGACGGGACGAGAAUUCGUGGACUUUCUUUGCACCAACAAGGGUCUCAAACCAUGGAGGUGUCGCGACACCAUGAAUCAAAUUACACGAGCAUACAUUCAAAAUGCUGAUGUCACGAAAGCUGACCCCGAGGUUGAUCGAUUGGCGACUCUUCGAAAAUGGAUUGAACUCAUGCUCCACUAUGGCCUUGACAUCCAGUGGAUACGAGCUGAUCACUACAGGGGGAUUGAGAAGAUUGACAAUCUUCUUGAAGACUUUAAAAAUAAGCAGAGAACUAUCUGGUCGAGACUUGAUCCCAUCAAGCAACGGGCAUCCUUGACUGACAUUCAAGCUGCAAUAACAUCAGCUAGACUUCAGCCCAGUUGGUAUGACAGCCAGGGCUUGAAAUUGGUGCACCUUGCAGCUGCCUAUGACCGAAAAGAUGUCCUGCAGUGGCUUGUUGAAAAGAAGCUGGCAUCACUUGAAGACAAAGACUGUCAGGGUCGAACGGUCCUACAGGUGGCAUCUGACAGCAACGCUUCCUGCAAGACAUGGAUUGUGGAGAAAAAAGCAAGAAGAAUCAUCAACACAUUCUUGUCGUCGAUAAUGCAGUGCAGAGAGGAUGUAAAAAGAAAGACGAUGGCUAUCCACGCCACUGUAUGGCUACAAGCUAGAAUUCGAGGAUGCUCAACUAGAAGGGUGCACAGGGCGGCGCUCUUGUCUAAUAUGGCAGAAGCGGCAAGAUUUCAGGACCUUUGGACUGGUACACUAUCGUUUCUACAGAGGCAUGGGUCGAAAAUGGAACUGUUCUCAUGGGCCAGCCUCCAGGAAGAGGAGGACAUGGCUGCUUCUUUUGGUAUUGAUGAGAGUGAUCUGUUUGACACAGUCAGAGUACUGGAUGAUGCUGGCAAGCGGGUUCUGCUGGUUGAGCCACUAUCGGAAAAUGGAACAAUCAACGAAUCUGACUCUUCUGCUGUUGUUGCGAUUGGUGAACCCAGCAAAACAUCAUCAACGACUGAGAUUGGCAUUGGCACAAAAGAUGCUGCCGACUCCCAUUUUAAAAAGGUCUUGAUGACAAAGGAAGUAAUGAAAUGGCUCCGUGUUGCUGACAGCAAGUAUCGCGAGUUUUUCGUCAGAAGAACGGAGCAGUUGGCCAGAGGAGAUCGGAGCCGCAUCCUUGCCAAGCGGCUGACGGGAAGCAAGACUACGAUCUACGAAACGUACCUGGAGCAGAAGAGUGGCUUUCGAAUCUUGUGGACUGAGAAAAGCAAUGGGUACCUCUUGAUUUGGUAUGUUUCGAAGCACAAAUCUGUCUCACGCCUUAUGGAUUUGAUUGACGAUGCCGAGAGCAGGAGCAGUCGACAGCUUACAUCGGCUAGGGAAGCUCUCAAGCAGAACAAUCAUACAACAUCUGAAUCUUGUGACGAUAGUGACGUUAUCCUGCUUGAUCCACGAGGACAUACACCGCUGAAGCUCUACAGUGUCCGAUAUGACGAGCUAAACAAGCUGGUUGAUGACCCGUGGAAGCCUCCCCUUCAUUUGACAGUUGCCGAGCGGGAUGUUGUUGAGUGCUCAGGCACGACACUUCUGUUGGGCCGCAGUGGCACAGGCAAAACUGUUUGCAUCUGCAACAAGAUGGAUUAUGAUCGAUAUUUGGUGGGCGAUCAGAAGUCCUUCUCACAGCUAUUUGUGGCCAGAUCUGCUCGCCUGAGGGAUUAUGUCGAAAGCAUUGUUAGAACUGGGUCUGACUCAUUGGAAACACAGAGCGAAUUCACUACGUUUCAAUCACUGGUUCCAAAGUUAGAAAAUGCUGUUCAGUCACUUGUGCAAGGCACACCCACAGUUCUGCCCAGCCAUUACAUUGACUUCCACCGCUUCAAACGCGACAUUUGGCAGCCAUCGAUGGGUGUCGAUGCCCUGAUUGCUUGGACAAACAUUCGAAGCUUCAUCAAAGGCUCAAUUGAGGCAGCAAUGGGAGGGAAGCCAUUGACCAAGGAGGAGUACUUGUCGCUUGGAAGGAAACGAUGCCGCAUUUCCGAAGAUCAACGUAUUGCAGUCUACAAUGUAGCACCACUGGACUACUAUGAAAUCCAGUAUGCCAAAAUCUAUGUUGAUGAAGUGCAAGACUACACCCAAGCCGAAAUCACUCUCUUCUUUCGAUUGUCUGGUCCUGGUGGACUUUUCCUUGCUGGGGACCCUUGCCAAUCAGUGGUGGAAGGUGUUGAGUUCCGCUUUGAGGACAUUCGCUCUGUGGGCCAUCAUCUCUUUGAGCAAGACCGCAAACUCAUUCCUGACAAACCCAAAGUCGUCAAUGUCAACUUUCGCAGCCACUCAGGGGUUCUCUCCGUUGCCGCUGGCGUUCUAGAACACCUCUUUGGAGCAUUUCCUGAUUCGGCGAAGCAGCUGAGCAAAGACCGCGGGCUGUUCAAAGGCCCCAGGCCCAGUAUCUUGCAAAGGAUUGAUCCGCCUUCUGUCAAGGAGCUUCUUGGAAAGCUUGAAGGAGCAGUAAUCUUGACCCAUGAUACUGCUGUUUCAAAUCUGAAACAAAGGCUUGCUUACCCUUUGGUGUACGGCAUCAGGGAAGCCAAAGGGCUGGAGUUUGAGACUGUUAUUGUGCUUGACUUCUUUCGGCUGCUACCAGCUGCAGAUCAAAAGCCAUUUCGCGAUCUCCUGCUGGGCCGUAACAUACACGAUGUUGGUUCUGGUAACCCAGAACUUGAAGGCCUUCUCAAGUUGUUGUACACUGGUAUCACCCGGUGCAUUCAACGCCUAGUCUUUGCCGAAACAAGUAGGUCACCAUCUGGUGAUGCAUUUGUCCGAUGGCUCACGUCUGCUGGCACGGGGGAAAAUGCCCUUGCGGUGAAGCAGACAGUAGGAAACAUGGAAGCGAUGUCGCGCACGCCAGAUGAAUGGAUGUCGCUUGGAUUGGACAACGCUAUUCAUGCAGAGGAGACUGGCGAUAUUGAGGAAGCUCUGGACUGGCUCGACAAGGCAAUCUACUGUUUUGGCAAGGCCAACCAGGCGGAGUUGGCCCGAAAAGUCCGAGCACACAAGAGCAGUCUAGCUCUAAGACAAGAUAUUGGGCUGUUCGAGAAUGACAAUCAAGAUGUCACGAAGCUUGAGUUGGAGGCCUCUCUGGUAGCUGAGAGCUUGCUGUCCGCAGGGCUUACUUCUGAAGCUGGUCGCUUGUUGAAAUUGUUGCUUCCAUUGCUCAGCGAGUACUCACAGAACAAGCUACAGGAAACGGUCAUCUCCAAGCUUCCCCAAGCGCAUGUUGCAUGA